AGCAGAUCUCACAAGUUUAGCAGCCUGGAGCGUGUUUUUGUUUUUCACCUAGAUUGGUCACGACCCACCAGGACUUCUUUCCAGAAGGUGCGAGGCUGCGAGUUGUGACCAGUGUCUUCUCUUAUGCAGUGUGUUCAGCUGCAAUCGCGCCGGGGGAGGACGGACUCGCAAAGACGAGACCUCAUGGGGCCACAGACCCUCGGGCAGCGGCGGUGGCGGCCUCGAGGAGCGUGACGCCGGCGGGUGCACGACGAUUGGUGGCGCUGUGCGAGCCACUGCGAGCCUCCGCGCACUAUGGCCGGCCUGCAGCUGGUCACGCCGGGGCCCUCGGCGGGGCCCCUGCUGGGCCUGCCCUGGCAGCAGGACACGGUCCACGACAACAUAUUCACCCCAAGGAAGUACCAGGUGGAGUUACUGGAGGCUGCUCUUGAGCGCAACACGGUCGUGUGCCUCAACACGGGCUCGGGGAAGACCUUCAUCGCCGUGCUGCUCAUCAAGGAGCUCGCUCACGCCACCAGGGGCGAGGAUGGCUCGCGAGCCAAGCGCACCGUCUUCCUCGUCAGCACGGAAGCGUGCAUGGCGGAGCAGGCGGCGGCCAUCCGCACGCACUCGGACCUGACGGUGGGGGAGUGCACGAGCCGCGAGUGCCUGGACGCCUGGGACGACUCGAGGUGGCGCAAGGAGCUUGCGCUGCACCAGGUUCUGGUGAUGACGUGCGCCGUGUUUCUGGAGGCCCUCCACUGCCAGUUGGUGCCGUUUUCCCGCAUCAACCUGCUGGUGAUCGACGAGUGUCACCACGCCCUCACCGAGCAUCCCUACAGGCACAUCAUGCAGCUCUACUGCGCGCAGCCUGAGUCGGAGCGGCCUCGCAUCCUGGGCCUGACGGCCGCCAUCUUGGACGGCGAGUGCCGCCCCGGUAGCCUCCAGCGCCGCAUCCAGCAGCUGGAGCGGACCCUGCAGAGCAGCGCCGAGACAGCCACCGACCUCGUGGUGCUCGACCGGUACUCAUCGCAGCCCCACGAGGUGGUGCUGGAGUGUGAGGAGUACGCGGACGCCAUCGGGCUCUACGCAGACCUGCGCCGUCAGCUGGAGGACGCCAUCGCCUUCGUCGCAGACUGCGCCACCAACGAACAAGGCGAGCGGGACCCCCGGGCGCUACCGCUGCAGAUCCUGUCGGAGUGCCACACGGUGCUCACGCUGCUGGGCCCCUGGUGCGCCGACAAGGCCGCUGGCCUCAUGGUGCGCGAGCUCCAACGGCAGGCGCGGCACGACACCGCCUCCAUCAGCGCCGUCUCGCCCGACGGCUCCGCGCUGGAGGCUUUGCCGUGCCUCGGCGACGGCAGCCCGCCCGCGCCGGCCGCUCAGGGCGCGCAGCAGCAGCUGCGGCGCCGCCUCAUCCUGCUGGCCGACACGCAGCUGCGCCGGCUGCACGCCAUGUGCGAGGGCCGUCUGCCGGCCGCCGCCGGCGGGGCAGGCUCCCUGCCGGCGCCGCUGGGACCACCGUACGUCACACCGAAGGUGGUGCGGCUCCUGGAGGUGCUGCGCGAGUACCGGCCACUGGAGAGGCCGCAAGCCGUCGGGGCCCAGGGCUACUGCUACCAGAGUGACGAGUGGUACAACAACCGCGGGCAGGCCACCUAUGUGUCGUGGAGCGACUCGUCGGAGGAUGAGGAGGAGGAGGAAGAAGAGGAGGAGGAGGAGGAAGCGGGGCGGCCGGACGAGGACGCCGGCGGUGCUGACGAGCGAGACGCCGGCGACUCCAACUUCCCAUCGCCGUUCACCAACAUCCUGUGUGGCAUCGUGUUCGUGGAGCGGCGCUACAUGGCGGUGGUGCUCAACCGGCUGAUCAAGGAGGCGGGCAAGCAGGACCCCGAGCUGGCCUACAUCAGCAGUAACUUCAUCACGGGGCACGGCAUCGGCAAGAACCAGCCGCGCAGCCGGCACAACGAGGCCGAGUUCCGCAAGCAGGAGGAGGUGCUGCGCAAGUUCCGCGCGCACGAGACGAACCUGCUGGUGGCGACGAGCGCGGUGGAGGAGGGCGUGGACCUGCCCAAGUGCAACCUGGUGGUGCGAUUUGAUCCGCCCGCCGACUACCGCUCAUACGUGCAGUCCAAGGGCCGCGCCCAGGCACCCGUCUCCAACUAUGUCAUGCUGGCCGACGCCCAGAGGAUGCCUGCCUUCCACCGCGAACUGUGCACCUACAAGGCCAUCGAGAAGAUCCUGCGCAGCAAGUGUUCCAAGUGCCCCGAGGCAGUGGAAUGCGGCGGUGGCGGCAUUGUCGGCGGUGGCGAGGUAGACGCCUUGGUGGUGAGCUGCCAGGAGGACCUGCUGCCCGCCUAUGCACCGCGGCAGGACGAGAGCGGCGCUUCCGUGACCCUCAACUCGGCCAUCGGACUCGUCAACCGCUACUGUGCCAAACUGCCAAGCGACCCCUUCACCCACCUGGCGCCCAAGUGCAAGACGUUGGAGCUGCUGGACGGAACGUUCUGCUCCAUGCUCCACCUGCCAAUCAAUUGCCCGCUCAGGGACCCCGUGGUGGGACCCUGCAUGUCCACCAGGAGGCUGGCGGAGAAGGCCGUGGCAUUGCUGUGUUGCGAGCGGCUGCACAAAGCAGGUGAGUUGGACGACCACCUGCUUCCCGUCGGCAAGGAGACGGUGAAGUACGAGGAGGAGCUGGACUUGCACGACGAAGAGGAGACGGGGGUCCCUGGCCGGCCUGGCUCCACCAAGCGCCGCCAGUGCUACACCAAGACGAUCCCGGAGUGUCUGAACAGCAGCUACCCGCGUCCUGGCAGCCCCUGCUUCCUGUACGUGGUGGGCAUGGUGCUGAGCACACCGCUACCGGAUGAGCUCAACUUCCGCCGCCGGAGGCUGUACCCGCCCGAGGACACGGCGCGCUGCUUCGGCAUCCUCACCGCCAAGCGCAUUCCACAGAUCCCGUGCUUCCCCGUGUACACGCGCUCGGGAGAGGUGACGGUGGACAUCCGCCUCUGCCGCUCGUGCUUCCAGCUGACGGAGGAGCAGCUGGCGCUGGUGACGCGCUUCCACCAGUAUAUCUUCUCGCACAUCCUGCGCCUUGAGAAGCCCGACCUGGAGUUCCAGCCGGCGCUGGCCGAGGCGGCCUACUGCGUGCUGCCCCUCGACACCGUGCACGCAGGCGGUGACCUGGACAUCGACUUUGGGUUCAUGGAGGAGAUCGAGCUGUCGGAGGCGCGGACCGGGAUCCCCGCCAAGCAGUACUCGCACGAGCACCCCUUCUCGUUCCUGCUGCCCGACUACCAGGACGCCGUCAUCAUCCCGCGAUACCGGAACUUCGACCAGCCGCACCGCUUCUACGUUGCGGACGUGUACACGGACCUGACGCCGCUCAGCAAGUUCCCCUCGCCCGAGUACCAGACCUUCGCCGAGUACUACAAGACCAAGUACAACCUGGACCUCACCAACCUGAACCAGCCGCUGCUCGAUGUCGACCACACGUCCUCCAGGCUGAACCUGCUCACGCCCCGACACUUGAACCAGAAGGGGAAGGCUUUGCCCUUGAGCAGUGCGGAAAAACGCAAGGCCAAGUGGGAGAGCCUGCAGAACAAGCAGAUCCUGGUGCCGGAGCUGUGCGCCAUCCACCCGAUCCCGGCGUCCAUGUGGCGCAAGGCAGUGUGCCUGCCGAGCAUCCUGUACCGCCUGCACUGCCUGCUCACGGCCGAGGAGCUGAGGGCGCUCAUCGCCAGCGAGACGGGCGUGGGGUUGCACGCUCUGCCCACCUCCUUCAGGUACCCGAACCUGGACUUCGGGUGGCGGAAAUCCAUCGACGUGAAAAAGCCGAACGCCGCCGCGAUCGUCGCCGCCGAGGAUGGAACGGACAGCGACGAAGGCGACGCGGCACGCGACCCCCGACACGACCUUUGCACUUCACCGGCGGCGGGAGCCGGGCUUGAGGCGAGCGACGCAGCUAGCGCGCCCGCGGGGCAACUUGCACUAAACGUAUUGAAACACGAGCGUGGGUCUGCGGAAAACUGUAAUUGCCAGCAAACGUCACUGCCAGCGUUCGAUGCCAAUAAGAAUGCAGUACUGCAAUCUACCUCAGCACCUCCCCCCUCUCCUCGUGAUGCGACCGCCGUGCAGCCGCCUAGCGCCACGCCAGAGAUGAAUAAUUGGCCGGAACCCUCGCUGGAGAGCGCCGGUCAUUCGGAUGGCACAAACGACUGUCUCGCUACCUCUCGACCUGCGCCCCCGCCCGGCUCCUCCGGCCUGAAGAGCCCGGACGCGGCUGUGGGAGAACGGGGAGACCUUGAGCACACGGAGGGCGGCCGCUCGCCGUCCGACAGCCCGAUUUUCGUCGGUUCGGAACGAUCGGAAGCGACGAUAGAAUUGAUCGAACGAGGCCUGCGUUGCGCCGCGCGUAACGUCAAAUCGGAGGUGGCAGAGUCGCAGGGCAACAAUAGCCUCGCGGCGGCGGAAACCGCUAUCCGAAAUCUCAACAAACUCAACGUUACUUUCGACCCAGCGUUGUCCAACAGCCUCGGGAAGCAGCCAUCGGACACUACAAAUCACAGAAGAAACGAAAACCAGAUUCCCGCCAUCAUUGCGAGAGAAGCCCCGAGCAACAACGUCGCGGCGGUGACUCAGGCCGGCAAGGUUUUGGGCUGCGAGGGUAGCGACAGCGGCAGCAGCACCAGCAGCAGCAUCCACGAGGAGGACGGCGGCUCGGGCUGUAGCGAGCUGGCUGGGGAGCUGGCUGGCGAGCUUGCGCCCUCCUCGGUGGUGGCGUCAGCCGUGGGGCCGAACCCGGGGCUGGUGCUGCAGGCGCUCACGCUGUCCAACGCGAGUGACGGGUUCAACCUGGAGCGGCUGGAGAUGCUGGGAGACUCGUUCCUGAAGCACGCCAUCACCACAUACCUCUUCUGCACCUACCCGGACGCGCACGAGGGCCGCCUCUCCUACAUGCGCAGCAAGAAGGUGAGCAACUGCAACCUGUACCGUCUGGGCAAGAAAAAGGGCCUGCCCAACAGGAUGGUGGUGUCCAUCUUCGACCCGCCCGUCAACUGGCUCCCGCCGGGCUACGUCGUGAACCAGGAGAAGAGCCACCUGGGGGAUGGCGACGCGGCCAACGACGCUGACGUUGCCCAGACCGGCAGUACCAGCAGCAGCAAGAACUCGGCGGCCGACAAAACGGACCCCUCAUCGGGCGACGAGGACGACCCGGAGUUCAACGAGGCCCUCGUGUGGAGGCCGCCCUCGGAUGACGACCCCCUUCCCGGUGCCGCCGUGCCCGCCGUGCCCGCCGCCGCCGUCGUGGACGACUCGGAGAACGACUCAGACGAGUACGACCAGGAGCAGAUCCGCUUCAUCGACAGCAUGCUCAUCCGCUCGGGCGCCUUCAAGAAGAAGAUCGCCGGUGUGGGAACCAGCGGCUCGGUCCCGUGGGCCGCGAAUCGCAUUGGGGCCCUGCCUCGCGAUGCCGGCGCCGGCCUCACCGGUGGCGGCCGCGGCGGUGUCGGCGGCGGCUGCGGUCACGACGCCACGAUGACGCCGUCUGGCGGCGAGUGGACCGACUAUAGCUCGUGGGACGCCAUGUGCUACCUCGACCCGAGCAAGGCGGCGGGCAACGGCGACGACGACUUCGUGGUGGGCGUGUGGAACCCGGCGGAGGAAAGCGGGGGGGCUGGCGCGGCCGGCGGAACGGGCCCCGCGGGGGAAGGACAACCGGCCUCUGCCGGGGCCGUCGGCGGGGCCCUGGGCAGGCCGUCGAUCUCGUACGACCUGCACACGGAGCAGUGCAUCGCCGACAAGAGCGUUGCCGACUGUGUCGAGGCGCUGCUGGGCUGCUACCUGACGAGCUGCGGAGAGAGGGCGGCGCAGCUCUUCCUCUGCUCCAUGGGCCUCCGGGUGCUGCCGCCAAAGAACAAGGGUGAGACGGGCCUCUCCGUCGUGGCCCGCCGCGGACGGGGCGUCGACCCGCCGUGGCCGGUGGCAGUCGUGGAAGCCUCUGACAGAAUCUGCCAGACCGAGGGCUUUGGCUCGGAAGCGCAGCCGGAAAAAUCCGUCGUCCGGGCACUGUCCAGCUUGUCUCUUAUCAACAACGCCGAUGCGAGUUUAGCUCCAGACUCCCCCGCAUGUGACAAUAAUAACAAGGCGAUGGCAGAAGUUGUUGAAACGCCGCGGAAAGAGGAGCCGAGCCCGGCAGUCGGUGAACGCGAUGCGGCGGCGGCUCCUGCUGACGACCGGCGCAGCACCGGCACAGGUGCCGAUGCAGCGGUGCCAGGCGAAUGUGCCGGUACGGCGGUGCCGAGCGAAUGUGCCGGUGCGACCGCGGAGAGAACGAAAGAGGAAACCGCUGAUUGCGAGAGGAAGCAGGAGUACAGCUUUCUUGCCAUCCCGCCGCGCUGCAUGUUCCACAGGCCGGACGCAAUGCAGAUCCUCGAGCGCCUCAUCUCCGGGUAUUCCGGCUUCGAGUCGAAGAUAAGCUACUGCUUCUCCAACAAGGCCUAUUUGCUGCAGGCCUUCACGCACGCUUCCUACUACUACAACACCAUCACGGACUGCUACCAGCGUCUGGAGUUCCUGGGCGACGCGAUCCUCGACUACCUGAUCACGAAGCACCUCUACGAGGACCCACGGCAGCACUCGCCGGGAGUGCUCACCGACCUGCGCUCGGCGCUCGUCAACAACACCAUCUUCGCCUCGCUCGCCGUCAAGCACGACUUCCACAAGUUCUUCAAGGCCGUGUCGCCGGAGCUCUUCCUUGUCAUCGACGACUUUGUCCGCUUCCAGGCCGAGAAGGACGAGAUGCAGGGCAUGGACUCGACGCUUCGGCGCUCGGAGGAGGACGAUGACGAGAAGGAGGAGGACAUCGAGGUGCCAAAGGCCAUGGGCGACAUCUUCGAGUCGCUCGCUGGAGCCAUCUACAUGGACAGCGGCAUGUCGCUGGAGACCGUGUGGCGUGUCUACUACCCCAUGAUGCGGCCGCUCAUCGAGAAGUUCUCGGCGAAUGUCCCACGCUCCCCAGUGCGGGAGCUCCUGGAGAUGGAGCCUGAGACGGCCAAAUUCAGCCCGGCGGAGCGGACGUUCGACGGGAAGGUGCGCGUCACGGUUGAGGUCGUGGGCAAGGGCAAGUUCAAAGGCGUCGGCCGGAGCUACCGCAUCGCCAAGUCCGCGGCGGCACGCCGUGCGCUACGCAGCCUCAAGGCCAACCUCCCGCAAGGGCAGCCAGCCUUCUGAUUCCCCACCAGCCACCUGUCAUCCUUCCAGGCUCUCGCUGCCUCCUCGUUCCCCCCCACCCCAUGCCCAAGUUGAUGGAGAUUUCCUGCUCCCCACUUGCCAGGUUAAAGGGAGUCACUGCCAGCUAGCUGCCCGCUUGCCAAAACAGACGAGUUGCGGCGGUCGUCCUUGAGCUGUGUGCCUAAGCCGUGUGUUUUGAGCUGUCCUCCAAGCGUGAGUUUGUGAAGCUUCGUCAAUUGGUGGCUGGGCCCUGCUGGCCGAGAUUUCCGAACCGGCCUAGGCCUACUGUGUGCAGCAAAUUCUGCAACAGGUGGAGCUUGCGCGACGACCAGAUCUGUCGUCGUGGUUACAGCUCGGGUUGUCGUGACCAAGCCAAGCGGUGGUUCCGAGGAUGGACCCCGCUGCCCGGCUUGGCGCAAAUGCACAAUGCUAAAUAAGUAAAUAAUCGGGUGUAACGGCGGCAUUCAUCCCAUACUUUUGAAUGCAAUUUCACUGCAGUGACGUCACUGGAGCAUCCCCCGAUUUGUGAUUUUGUUUUGUAUUUUUUGUACUCCUUAACGAAGCUUCUGGCUUGUCAGUCAGUCAGGAACGCACAGCUUAAAGUGGUUAUCUACAACACCAGAUACAUUUUUAUUGUCGGUAGAGUUGCAAGUCUUCUCUCACCAUAUCUCCUGUUUGCUGAUGCCCGGGCAGUUGACCCGCAAUUUUGUGAAAAGCAGAACAGCUCCUGAGCCUCUUGGAAUGUUUUUCUUUUACGGUGCAGGCUUGACACCAGACUCCACAUCAUCUAAACUGGAGGGGACAUCCUUCAACUGCUUACUCUACCCUCAUUAAGGCCAACGCAGCCUUCCCACGUCCAUACCACGCUCCCGUCAUCUCGGUAGCGAUGGCAAGUAGCGGUCUCCCGUGUUGGAUCAAAGGUUAAAACCGGCAUGCACGUGCACACGCUGUGGGUUCUACAGAAACGGAGAGGGACGCGGGUGAAGUUGCCGAGCGACGGCGUACGAUGCGGAACUGCGCCCGGUGCGUCGGGCUGUGUCGCGAUCGUGUCCGUGUUCCGGUCGAGUGGAGAAUGCUAGGUCUGGCCGGUGUGACGUCGCGACGGGUGGACGGCGGCACCACAUGCAGGAGUUGGUGGUGGUCAUUCAGGGGCCGCGGUGGUUGGAAUUGUUGGAAAUGGGGAUGAGGGGGAAGGGGGCUAAAGAGACGAUUUUUUUUUGGGAUUCACACACACACGGGGGCCCCCACGACAGUCCGAUGUUAUUUUUGCUCCUUGCCAAACGAUAACGGUGGCCCCGCGAAUGCCGUCACGCGAAUGGUUUUCAAUCCCGAGGUUCUUUGGCAUCAGGUGUCAUCCUCGUUCCUCUGUGACCCAUUGCACUUGCAUUUGACGUAGUGGCGGCGCUGGGAAGUCGACAUUCCACAAUUCGGGGGGGGGGGGGGUGGGGUGCUCUGAGAAGUUUCGCUAUGAAACCCCCUCUGUCUUCGGGCGUUCGCGAAGCAGGUUUGUCAGGCUCCCGUGUGUGGCUACGCAUGGCCAUGGGGAGGCAACGAAGUUCGCUUUUUCGCUGUUGUAUCCCUUUUGGUUUGUUAACGGAUAAUGUCCUGCAACUGAUUGUCGGAAAGGACCGCAACUUGUAAUGCAAGCUGGCUCGUACGCAGCGACGGGGCACGACCUGGGCCCAGACCAAUGCUCCCUUUUACGCCCUGGUGUACCAGUACCGUGCGUGCAAUAUGUCAUGGGGAAAACAAUACGGCGCUUUUGUUCAAAUCUUUUCACUUUUAUCAGGCGACUCAACUUGUACAAUAUGCUACACUGAUUUUGUUAAAAACAAAUCUUUCUCGUAAUUUAAAGUUAAUAUAUGCAUUUUCUUUCCUCAAACUGAAAUAUACUGUAAUUGGAAAUCUGUGUGCACGUAAACAAUUUAUUUUUCACAUGCGCGAAAGUAAUUAUUUUUCUCACCGAUUUAUCGCCAACUUAAUGGGCUGUUCGGUAAAUCUGUUAGCUCCGCUCCACGGGCGAGUAACGAGCUCGCAACGAGGUUCAACAAGGUCACCGGAAAAAUCGGCCUACGCACGUGCACGUGGCUUGCGCUUGCCCGCAUCUUCAAAUCGGCUCGUUCUUAUAUUUCCUACGUUCUUAAAUUCACUUAGAGGGGGGGGGGGGGGGAAAUAUCCCGUUUGGAAUUUUAUCACCACCCACCUCGGGGCACGGUCGGGGAAAAAAAAUGCCUUAGUAGCGACACUUCAGACAAAACUAGAGAAGCGUAAGCUUUACACGAUUUAAGUUUUUGCACUCAUUGCGCGCGUUGUGUUUCUUUCGUCUUAUUAUUUAAUGGGCUUUUGUGUUUCGCUGUCCGUGGUGCCGUUUCACGAGUGGCAGGUGGACGGGGCCCGGUGUAGUGGGACAGUUUUUUUUUUUCUGUCAGCUCGCAUAUCGCCGGCGCGGAGCUGCCACUGCUGCCCCUGCGCUGGAUGUUGCCGGCGCUCCACCCUCACCCUCACCCCCACCCCCCCCCCCCUGCGGUCAGUGGCGGUAGGGCACCUUUGCCCUGCGGUCCUGCGCGACGGUGAGGUGCGAGCUGUCGACAUAUCGCGUCGGUGCGUGGGUGGACCGGUUAGUUGGGGGGGGGGGGGGUAGGUACCUGAGGAGGGAGGCAUUGAUGGUUUCCAACAUUUACUACCUCAUCGCAGCGAUUCCUUUCGCCGGAGUGCACGUGAACCGCCCAGUUUGUGGUGUCUCCGCAGCUGUGCCGCUCCCACCUGGAGCCGAGCGGCCGAAGCGACGCUCAUUUACGCACGAGCCGGGCCGUCCUCGGUAUCGUGGGUUCCGAGCCAUGUCCGUCGGGGAUUCCGAGAUCGCGGCUGCAUGGCUGGGUUGGCGAGCUCACGGUCGUCGCUCGCUUUGUUUACGCCGUCGUGACGGAGGGGCCUGAGUUGUCCUAAGAUGUCUUUUUUUCCAAUCUUAUCAACAAAAAGUCUUUACAAAAACAUUCACCGGUCGUGAGCGUUCUUAGCACUGGAGGACAAUGCGGCGACGAUAAUGAUGAUGUGCUUAAUUUAAGAAUGCUCCAUUGGGCCUCGUGGCAUCUUUAUACCUCAGCAGGUGCAGAAGCAGAUCUGGAAUGCUGCUGGUGAGAAGCCCGAUCGAUGCGUUGUCCGUUUACCAGCUGGUCGUAGGUGUCGUGGGGGGGGGGGGGGGGGGUGUGGACUAAGUUCUUGGUCCUAUCCAAGAUUUGGGAAUUCAAAUCACCAGCGCAUAUUCUCUUUAUCGUGACAGACUUUUUAGAAGCGUCUCACCCCCAGUUUGGCGCUCGUGCCCUUUGAGUGCCACCCACCCCCCCCCCCGCUCUCAAGAGGGUGGCUGGUGGUGAGCUUUUCUUGGUCAGAUUUCAGGCUUACACACUUGCGUUAGACAGAUUUACUGUAUAAACAUUGUUAUGUACAUAGCUCUAUAUAUAGUGAUAUUAUUGAAAUCACUCGUGCACACACGCGGGCCCAUAAGAUGCUGCAUUCUGUGUCCAGGCGAAGCUCCGAACGAUAUUUUUGCGAGGUUUUUUUGUUGUUGAAAUGUUCGGGGUCGGGGCCUGGUGCUCUCGUGGUUCACCUUCUGUCAAAUGCUGCAUUGAAACACAUCUACCUAUUUUUUAGACACGUAUCGUUUUUCUAUCGUAUUACUGAAUAACUGGAUGCAAGCGUGUGGGUGCGCACGCGUUUGUAGGGAGGGGGACAUGGAACUGGGAGACGGAGUGGGGUGGGCGAGUAAG